GUUAGUUAAUUAUGUAACUUCAUGAGCUAAUACGUUUUGCCCUAUCGACUUUCGAAAGGAUAAUACGUAUUUAUUCAAAUUUGUGUCCUUUCGUUUGCUUGAACACGAUCAUCCCUUAUAGCUUGGAACUGGUUUUUCUAAGAAAUAUUUUUAUAUUUAAAAAUAAACAAGUUUUUUGCUAAUACAUUGUUCACUACCGGAAAGUAUCAUUGUUCAAGCUUAAUAAAUUAAGAGAAAAACGCAUAUCAAAGUAAAUACGCGAAAAAUAAUAAUACAUAAUUGUCCGGAAAAACCCUGUUCGAUAAUGAAACAUUGAUUUGGAUUUUUGUAAUGUGUCAAAUGUUUAUCGACCAGUGGAUAAACAAAUGGAAUUGCUGAAUUCAUCUCUGUAAUCAUCGUUAAACGACCGUCAAAAGAUGAGAACUUGACACGUUAUGAAAGCAUACAUUUUUACUAUUAAAUAUCCUACUUCUGACGCAAAUGAUCUUUCUCUUUUUAUAUUCAGUAUUUUAAUCAUCGAGCAGCGAAAGAUCAUUUGGACUGGUUACGUAUACAGAGGAAAUAAUAAAGCGGCGGAGGGCACCCUCCUCCGUUUCGUGAGAGCAAAGCAAGGGUGGAAAUUCUAAGAAUUUCAGAGUGGGGAUACUACUUAUUCGAUUCCUGUUCAACUAAUUUAUUCAGCGAAUAAUUGAAUAACUUAAAUCCCCACUGUGUAUACUUGUUCCCACCAUCUGACUGUUGUAUACUUGCUGUUACCCUUGAACUUGGGCAGAAAAAUUAUUGCCCGGUGGGGCAACGUGGAGUGCUGAGUUAUAGUAAUGGCAUUUCGAGUUACUCUUCUUACAAUAUUUAUAUUACUUAACAUAACUUUGGCGUUACCCGCGAAAAAUUCAGGAAAUUCAAAGAAGAAAAAAGUUAAUCCGCCGAAAUUAAGUGACAAUAUUGAAAACAAUCCAUUCCUUCAAGAGGACAACACAACUGUACCACCAGAUUAUCAAAGGAAUCCUUUCUUGUCAAAUAUUUUACAACCAAAGUUAUCAUUGCCUAACAAUGUCAGUCAAGAAAACAAAUUUGCAAACAACAAGUCAUCUAAGGCAACUGAAACUAGUAGUAUCAAUAUUGCUAUUUAUAUCAAUAAUCCUUUCUUACAAGGUGGAUCUAGUGUAAAUUAUUCUAUUAAUGCAAUUCCUUUAAAUAAUUCAGAUGUUAAUACAGUUAUACCAAAAGAUAAGUUAUUAGUGGAUGAGAUUCCAAGUGAAACAAAUUCAUAUACAGAUAUCAGAACAAAGUCAGAGAUCAAAUGCGAAGAAUAUGGAAGACAAUUUUUGAGUACAACAGAAAUAUUGACUUUGGUGGGUUCUAAUGCAGAAGUGAUCAAAAUAAGUAACAAGAAAUGUAUGAACGCAAAUCGACUUGUUGUUGGAGGUGUUGACGCUUCUCGCGGUGAAUUUCCUCACAUGGUUGCUCUAGGUACAAGAACCACAGAAGGAACAUUUAGUUUCUCUUGUGGUGGUACUCUUAUUGCUCCAGAAUGGAUACUUACUGCAGCACACUGCACUUAUGGACCAAAAAGUCCAACAGAUGUUCGUGUUGGAUUUCACAAUUUGAAAGAUGAUAAACAUGGUAUUACAACCACAAUUAACAAGAUAAUGCGUCACCCAAGUUAUAGACCUCCUGCAAUGUAUGCCGAUAUUGCUCUUAUAAAAUUAAAUACCAAUGUUACAUUUAGUAAAGAAAUAAGACCUGCCUGUUUAUAUCAACAAUAUGAUACUGUACCUCCUCAAGCAUGGGUCAGUGGCUGGGGUGUAACUGAAUUUGGUGGAGAGGAGCAAAGUGACACACUGCAAAAGGCUCUUCUUGAUAUUGUUGAUAACAUAGCCUGUGCAAUAAGACAUAAUCAGUCAAUAGCAGUACCAUAUGGGAUUACACCAAGUAUGAUCUGUGCAGGAGAUCGUCGUGAUGGUUGGACCAAAGACACUUGUCAAGGAGAUUCUGGAGGCCCAUUACAAAUAAUUCAUCCUCAAAAUUUCUGCCUGUUUCAAGUAUUAGGUAUCACCAGCUUUGGGCAAGGUUGCGCGGUUGUUGAUACACCUGGAGUGUAUACAAGGGUCUCCCAUUAUCUUAACUGGAUCGAGGACAUCGUAUGGACGUAACUUUAACUGUAUAAUAUCAAUGUACACCUCGCUUUGCAAAGAUAAAAAACUUUAUUUUUCCAGUGAUUGAUUCGACUGAUGUAAACAUGGAAAGUUCAAAAUAUUUAAUAAUGUUACUUAACAAUGUAAGUUGAACGUGACAUACCUUUUUAGACGCUGAUAUAGCUGUUGUGACGUGUAUAUACAUGUUUAGUAUAAUUAAGUGAUAUUGUAAAUUUGAAAACUUGAUGUGAUUUUUACAUUGAUAUUAAGUUAUUCGAACUAUGCAAAACGUGAAUUGGAUGUAAUAUUGUAUUUUUGUAGUGAUAUAGUCUGACUAGAAGAUUUUUAAAUCUGUAAGAGUGAUUUCACCAUGACUGUAAAAAAUAAUGCUGAUAUUGCCGUUUCUUGGCGUUAGAAUUAUACUCAAGAUAUUUUUGUAUCGUGAAUAGUUUUCCAUGUAAGACCGUCUCCAUAUGGACCAUGAUUUGAUGGAAAAAAUACAUGCCACCAACUUCUAUAAAAAGAAUGAUGAUACUAUGUUAAUUUUACAAUAUUAAAAGAUUCCCAUUAAUAAUA